GUUUGGAAAAAUUUGUAGUCAUUGCACUUUUGCUUGGACUACAGCUUGGUUACACAAAAUUUUGCUGUUUCAUUUACGAAUGGGACAGUAGGGACAGAAAAAAUUGCUAUACAAAGAAAGUUUGGCCCAAGCGUAAAUCACUCACUCCAGGCCAUAAAAAUGUUAAAAAUGAUCCUUUAGUGAACCCUGAUGCCAUUCUUUCACCACCGAUUCACAUAAAGCUGGGCCUGAUAAAAAACUUUGUAAAAGCUAUGCCUAAAGAUGGCAGUGGAUUUGUAUAUCUAAAAGAGAAAUUCCCCAAACUCAGCAAGGCAAAAAUUAAAGAG